GGCAUUUAGAUAAGAGAGUUGUGUGAAUAGACAGUGAACAAAUCUUCCUUAAAAUUUGAAAUUUUGGCAAGUUAUUUCUACUUCUUGAUGCUUUGUUUCAUGUCUUAAGAAAGGUUUAUAAUUAUAAAUUUAUGUCUAUAAAUUACUUAUAGAUUCAAAGAACCAUAAUCAUUAGGCUGUCAAUCAUUUUAAGAAUGUCUUUGUGUCAAGAACAGAGAGAAAAGAAACGAAAGCUUGAUGAUAAAAGUGGGGAUGACUCCACACAUGUCAUAGGGCUAGGCACUAAUUCUAAUCAAGAAGCUGUUGUUAAUGAAAAGCGGUUAUCCUCAGGACAUUCCGUUUUUAAGGAUUUUAAUCUCAUUCGCGUUCUACGAGAGGAUGUACGACACAAAAUGAUAACAUUACACGGAUCUCUUCCCUUAGAAGAUGAUGGCGAGAACAAGAAAAAAGAUGCAGUUCUUCUUCUUGAACGGAAAUCUUUUGAAGUAUCAACUCUGGAAAAUAGUUUACGCUUAACAAAAACUGUCGAAACUCUUCAUAAUGAUAUAUACAGCACGCAUGAUGUUUACGGUUCAGAAUCAAGUGCUGCUGCUGGUAAAUAUAUAAUAUAGAAGAAGAACAAUUAUUCUUUCUUUUUAUUUUUGUUAUAAUUAAUUUAAUUAUAUUUUCUGAACUGAUGUAGGCCUAUGCCUAUUACUAUUAUCAUUGUUCCUUAUGAAGUUUAUUUAUUAUGUCUAAGUCUUAGUUCUUAGUCUUAGUUAUUUAUUACUGUAGUCCCCAAAUGGCGGUCCGUGGACCUUCACCGGUCCGCAUGCCUAACGCUGCGGGUCCCCAUAACAUAAAUAUUUAGUCAAAUAGAAAUAAAAAUAAAUCAUGCACUGGCACUGGUCCCUGGUAAAAUUUUGAAACUUUUUCACCGGUCUGCCAAACUUUAAAGUUUGGGAACCACUGAUUUAUUAGAUUUUUGGUGAAUGGUAUAAAUAAGUUAAGAGGGGCAGGGACUGUUACUUUGAUUCAAACUUUGAUCAGUGGGGAAAGUAGAAAUCACAAGUAGUGAAUGGUGUGCCCCAGCUAAGAUGACCAUUUGUCAUUUGUACUCAUUGACCAGGUCAGUACGGUAAUCAUUGACCAGGACAGGGGCCAUCCAUAAAUGACGUCACACAUCUAGGGGGGAGGGGGGUCAGAUUUUUGUGCUGAUGGGGGGGGGGUGCUUAAGCAAUGUGACAUCACAUGAAAAGCGGAAUGUUAUAGUAAAGAAUUGCACUUAAAACCCCUACAUUACAGAAAUUUUUAACUUUAUUCUUUUGUACAACAAAUAUAAUUAUUUUACUUAAAAGCUAUGAUCACUGAGAGAAUCAGUACAGGUAUGCGAGGUCCGAAGAAUGACCUCUGAUCAAGUUACAGGAAGCCAUGGAGGAAGAGAAUCGAGAUGUAGUUACAAUGGCAGUCUUGAGAAUUUAAGGCUGAAGGUGGACACAGGAAUCAUAGAAAUCAAAGCUAUAGUACUACUACGGGAAGUGGGAUGGAAAGGAAGGAAAAAAGGUUGACGGAGGGAGGGGGGGGUGAUCUUGGUAAAUGCUCUAGGCCUAGGGCAGGGAUUCUUAACCAUUUUUUCAGCGCUGCAUGCCCACUCUGUGUUAUACACCCACCCCCCACCCAACUGUAUACAUUAUAUUGUAAUAAAAUUUAGAAUAUGAAAAUAAUGAAAUAAUUUAGUUAUCUUAGUUUUAUUUCUUUAAUUAACUUUUUAUAAGCAAUGAAAAAAUUAGCAAUACAAGUAAUGCGCAAAAAAAUUCGCCAGAAAAACAUUUACUACUGAUAAUCAAGAUGCAUAAAAACUGAUUUUUUUAUUUUAAAGCAACAACAACCAGCAAUGGCAGCAAAUACAAUUUUCUGGUCUUCCACACCUCAGGGCUGGGGAGGUACUUUUACCCCUGGUUAAGGACAGUGGUGGACAUGGAAUUUUUAUGGGGGGGGGGAGGGUGUAGAUAUUGCGGCAAAUACCCGUUUAGGAACAAGAUAGAGAUUUGCGACGUUAUAUUUGAGGGGGGGGGGUGUCUAACUUUGUGACGAUUUGUGAUGGGGGAGGGGGGUAAAAAAUCAGCAAAAUUUGCGUGACAUCAUUUAUGGAUGUCCCCAAAGUACGGUAGGCUACUGGUUUUUUUUACAUUUGUUUGUCUGGGCUUGUCCUGGUUAAAGCUCAUACAUUUUAAGACUACAAAGUUUGAACAAAAUUAAUUUGUUUAUUUAUCACAAGAUCAAGUGCAUCUGAUAUCUCAGCAUAAAAUAAUGACACAACUAAAAGAAAUAUUGUUCAUCCAAACUGGCAUCAAAUCACAAUCUUUUUUUUCUCCAAAAAACACCUCAACGACUCUACUGACAUAACAGCUGUCUGUGUAAUCACUAAUUAUUGUUUAUUUUUGGACACCCUUGGGGCAAAACAAUUAUAAAUGUCCUGGUUUUAAUUUUGAAAAAAUGGUCACCUUAGCCGCUGAUUUAAGAACGAGAUCAUUUGUCAAAGUUUGGGAAGCUAGUCAUCAUGUUGUCAAGGUUAUAAAGGCUGAUGUUAAUUUCCAAUAAUUAUAGACCCGGUCUGAACUCAAGUUUUUACUUGUGGUGUUCAUCGGCAUUCUAGGUGUGGCUUGCAUGAAAAAGGGUUGCAUAGCAAUGGACAGUCUCCAAGUACAGGUCUAGGUGUAUAGGCAUAGAUGAAUGAAAGAUGAUGCUAAAUUUUCAUUAUGUAAAAUAAUAGCUUCUCUUUCUGUCUAUGGUGACAUGACAUCCUGGUCGAAAUAAGUACCAUAUUUAUUGGCGUAUAACAUGCCCCCGCGUUUAACAAGCACCUCAAUUUAAGAAGGAAAUGUCAGGAAAAAAACUAAACAUUAUAUUGGCGUAUAAGACGCACACAUGAUUUGCCCCCUAUUUUCGGGGAGAAAAGGUGCGUGUUAUACGCCAAUAAUUACGGUACUUCAAUUUUUUUUUACUUUUAAUAAUUUUCAAAAAUUUCAAUUUACACUGCUGGGGGGGGGGGGGGUGGGGGAGAAACAGCUUUUUCUACUUCAUUUCUCUUUUUUAAAUAAUUUUAUGUUUAACACCAUAGUUAGCAAAGCUUCAUUUCUAUGGUUUGGCUACAUUUACUUCAGAGUUUUUGAAACUGUUGAUGUGACAGUAUUGUUCACAAACUUGCAUUACCACCACUGUAAACGAAACGCUCUCCUUUUAUAAAUACCUUCAGGACUUUGUGUUUCAUUUUAAAGGCCAAAGAUUUUUAUGGUUCUCAUUUAAUGUCAGUAAUGUAUUUAGAAAUACAGUGAAAUCUGACACAUGCGCUAACUCCCCCUGGCACUGUUGAUUAACAAAAAAACCUUGAAAUAGCAAGAGAAAAAUCCUGUCAAACACAAAAUGCACAAAUGUUUGUGUGGAACAAAAUCAUGAUUUAUUCCCUGUGAAUAGCACAUACUAUGCUGCAUUGGCACUGAAUUACUUCAUGAACAGGGGUGAUACAUACCAUUUGCAUGGCCAAUCAGUCUGCUACCGCACUGUGAGUUGCUAAAAAUCAUGAUACUGUGAGUUGCUAAAAAUCAUAAUACAUAAGUGUGUUGCCAUAAGACUCUCUAUGCGUCUGACGGUUGAAAAUGACUGAUAGGUAUAGUGUAUAUAUUUUGUAAACACAUAGUGAAGUUAAAAUGAUCGAAAUGGCGAUAAAACAAAAACUUCAUACAUCAAUUGUACAUGUUGAUGUAAAUGAACGGCUUAGUUUUGCUUAGUUUCAUAAUUAUUCUGUGGUUAUUAUACAUACCAAUAUCAGUAAAUGUAGAUAUAUGUUGUUGUUUUUUUGUUUUUUUUUCAUUUUUAAUGUGCCUAUGUCUUCUUCUUUCAAAUUAUUGUGCAUGAUCAUCAAUCCUGCUGAACCUGCAAAUAGCACCACUUUUGCUUGGGGCACAAGGAAAAUUUUGCGUUAUUUACAUGUUACUAUAUUCAUUAGGCUAAUAUAUAAACACAUUUAUUUUGUAUUCAACUAUUUGAAAUUUAUUUUAAAAAUGUAUUUGAAAAUUGGAACGAAUGGAGAAUAAAGCAACUAGGUACCGGUACCGGUAAUCUAAAAAAAAUUGUCAUAUUACUACUGCAUACAAGCAACAGCUCGUGGGAGAUGCUGAUCUUCUAUCGAGCGCCUCCCCAGCCGGCGGAUAGGGGAAAGCCCGCCAGAUAUGGAGGGUACCGGGGAAAUAAAAUACCCGGGGCGGACCAAAAUCAGCCCUACUGCCUUGUAGGAAGUGGAGGGAUCCACAAAGGCUAGGGACCUAACCCGAACAAAGGCAGCUACCCAUUGAGCUGUGAGGGGCAACCCCCCAAGUGGUUGUGCGCAAGGCCAACAACCCUGCCAUGUAAAAAAUCAUAGUUACAAAAGCACCGAAAAGAGUAACAAAAGACAUUUCAGUCCUGGGAGAGGAUGGAUUCCUUGAGGAGGAAAAUAUGACGCCUAAUAGUGAAAGCCGAAACCUGGAAGCUAUUAAGCCGACAACCAUCAUCUCUACCAGGACUACCACCGUCAUUGGCGCUUGGAAUGUCCGCACCAUGUACGAGGCUGGUAAAGCGGCACAAAUAGCCGCUGAGAUGAGGAGCUAUAAGCUCACCAUUCUCGGAAUUAGUGAAGCAAGAUGGACUGGAUGGGGACAGAAGAGAUUAAUCUCAGGAGAGAUGGUGAUAUUUUCGGGACACGAAGAAGACAAUGCCCCACAUACCCUGGGUGUUGCUAUGAUGCUAUCAAGGGCAGCACAAGGAGCACUCAUUGGAUGGGAGGCCCAUGGACCUAGAAUUCUUUUAGCAACCUUUCGAACAAAGAAACGUAGCAUCAACCUAGAUGUUAUACAAUGCUACGCACCAACUAAUGAAAGUGAUGAAGGAGACAAAGAAGAAUUCUACAAUAGAGUAAUGACCAUAGUCCAGGAUCGCCCACGGAGGAACAUCGUCAUCCUCAUGGGAGACUUUAAUGCCAAGAUCGGCAAUAGCAACACAGGGUACGAAGAGGUUAUGGGACAGCAAGGGAUAGGCGAGAUGAACGACAAUGGUGAGAGGUUUGCGGACCUAUGUGCCACAGCUGACCUGGUCAUAGGGGGGAGCAUUUUCCAGCACAAGAGGAUUCACAAAGCUACAUGGGUCUCUCCGGACAUGAGAACGAUGAACCAAAUAGACCAUGUAUGUAUUUGUAAAAAAUUCAGGCGAUCUCUCCAAGACGUACGUGUUAAGAGGGGAGCUGAUAUUGCCUCAGAUCAUCAUCUUCUUGUGGCCAGGAUGAAAUUAAAACUAAAGAGACAUUAUACCGAGCAAACAGCAUACAGGACUCGGUAUAAUACCUCCCUCCUGAAGGACCAAGCCAAAAAGGAAGAAUUCAGAAUCUCACUAUUCAAUAAGUUCCAAGUCCUACAAGAAAUACUUGAAGAUGAAACCACCGAAGGAAAGUGGCAAAGCAUGAAAGAAACAGUCCAGUCAACAUGUCAAGAAGUGCUAGGAAACAGGAAAAAGGCACACAAAGAAUGGAUGACAGCAGGUACGCUGAAUAAAAUAGAAGAAAGGAAAAGAAAGAAAUCAGAAGUGAAUAACAGCCGCACCCGAGCACAGAAAAACAAGUCCCAGAAGGAGUAUGCAGAUGCAAAUAAGGAAGUUAAGAAAAGCAUCAAGAGGGACAAGAAGGAAUUUGUUGAUAAACUUGCUAAAGAAGCAGAGGAUGCAGCUCACCAGGGGAACAUGAGGGAACUGUUUGAUACCAUUAAGACGCUGUCAGGGAAAUUUAGCAAGGUAGAGAGACCAGUGAAGGACAAAAUGGGAAACACCAUACCAAGUGAGGAGCAACAGAGAGGGAGAUGGAAGGAACACUUUGAAGAGCUCCUGAACAGGCCUGAACCAAGAAAUCCACCAGAUAUCCAACCAGCCGAUAAUGACCUGCUAAUUGACUGUAAUAGUCCCACCAAAGAAGAGAUUAGCAGGGCCAUUAAACAACUCAGAAAUGGAAAGGCUGCGGGACCUGAUGGCAUCCCAGCAGAGGCACUGAAGGCGGACCUGGAAACCAGUGUGGAAAUGCUACACCCUCUGUUUAUGAAGAUAUGGGAAGAGGAGCAAGUUCCUUCCGAUUGGAAAGAGGGAUACCUUAUCAAGAUCCCAAAGAAGGGAGACUUAAGCUCCUGCUCGAACUACAGAGGGAUCACCCUGCUGUCCAUCCCAGGAAAGGUUUUCAACCGUGUACUACUUAACAGGAUGAAAAACGCUGUAGACCCUCUGUUGCGGGACGAACAAGCCGGCUUUCGCACCAACAGAUCCUGCACGGACCAGAUAGCGACACUGCGCAUCAUUCUAGAGCAGUCACUAGAGUGGAACUCGCCGCUCUAUGUCAACUUUGUUGACUAUGAAAAAGCCUUCGACAGUGUUGACAGGCAAACCCUGUGGAGAUUGCUAAGGCAUUACGGGGUGCCACAGAAGAUUACUGAUAUAAUCAGAAACAUGUACGAAGGGAUAAACUGCCGAGUUAUCCAUGGCCAGCAGUUGACAGAUGCUUUCCAGGUGAAGACUGGUGUGAGACAAGGUUGCUUGCUGUCACCAUUCCUCUUCCUGUUAGCCAUUGACUGGGUGAUGAAAACAUCUACACAGCAGAAAAGAAAUGGCAUCCAAUGGACCUUGUGGGAUCAACUGGAUGAUCUUGACUUUGCUGAUGAUCUUGCACUUCUUGCACAUACCCAACAACAGAUGCAGGAGAAAACAAACAUUGUCGCAGCCACUUCUGCUAGCAUGGGUCUCAACAUCCACAAAGGGAAGAGUAAAGGCCUCAAGGUUAAUGCCACCAGUACAUCACCCAUUAUGCUUGAAGGAGAAGCCCUUGAGGAGGUGGACAGUUUUGUUUACCUUGGCAGCAUGGUAGAUAAACAAGGAGGUACAGAUGCGGACGUCAAAAUAAGGAUAGGAAAAGCAAGAGCAGCCUUCCAACAACUCAAGAAUGUUUGGGUCUCUAACAACUUAGGCAGCAAGUUAAAAGUAAGGAUUUUUAACGCUAUGGUAAAACCUGUGCUGCUAUAUGGAGCCGAGACAUGGAGAACAACGGCCGUAAACCUGACCAGAAUCCAGUCCUUCAUCAACAACUGUCUAAGAAGGAUUCUCAGAAUUCACUGGCCAGACAAAAUCAGCAACCAGGAACUGUGGCAGCGGACUAAACAGAAACCCAUUGAGGAAGAGAUUCUCCAGAAGCGGUGGAGGUGGAUUGGUCAUACACUAAGAAAACCUGCUUCUAACAUAACAAAGCAAGCCCUGAAAUGGAACCCACAGGGUAAGCGGAAAAGAGGCCGUCCAAGAAACACUUGGCGCCGAGAAUUGGAGACAGACAUCAAGAAAAUUGGCCAUGAAUGGAAGAUCCUGGAGAAGCUGGCCCAGGAUAGAGAUGCCUGGAGGUCUCUCGUAGGUGGCCUAUGCCCUUGGAGGAACCGCAGACGCCGACGAUGAUCGGUGGAUGCCCCUCAUGGACGAGAAGGCUCAACAACAUACAAGCAACAGAGUGUUCAAUAGAUAAAUAAAAAGGGACACCUAAAUUUAUACUAGCAUGUCUUUCUUCUGUUGCUUUCUGAAAUAAUGGAAAACUACAUUCAUGUAUGCCCCAAAAUAGAUCCCUGCAUUUAAAAAUGUUUCUGGGAGGGGCUCAACACUCCUCACCCCCCCCCCUUUUUUUUUUUUACACACACACACACACUUUCUCCAAAGCCUGCAACCAUUCAAUCCCCCCUCCCAUCAAAGUAACAGUCCCAGUCCCCUCUCAUUUAAUAUGGUAUAUAUAAUAAUUACAUAAUAAUUAAUUUAAAUCUACAUCUUAUGGGGGGGGAUGACUUUUUUAUUCUCUUUUUUUGUGGCUCCCCCAAGUUAUAAAACAUAGCUAUGUUACUGAUUGGAAAUAAUUUUUAUAAGUAUCCUUUCCUUAAAUGUCCAUUUUAAUAUCUAUCAUAUUUGAAGUAUCAGAAAGAUAACCCUUUUUUUUUUCUCUCCAGAUAUAAAAGCCACCUUGAUUCAUCCAGCAACAGAAAAGCAUAUCACAAAAUAUGCUGAUCAUGAGCCAUUUAUUAUUCAAGAAACUCAAGAGUUGUAUCAAACUGUGACCCUUCCAUGCAUAAAAGAAAGUAAAUUUAGCAUUCAAGUAGGUUAUUGGACAUCAAAAUUGAGAAUCGUCUUUUAAACCUUUUGAGUUCAAAAAAAUUUGAAGAACUACCCGUGUACUUACUGUGAAAAAAAGAUUUUUAAAAAACGCCCAAAUCUCAACUUUGAAAUAGUACAGUUGUUUUUUUUUCCAGCGCUAUACAAGGCAAAACAGUUUAAUAUUUUGCUCAAACUUGUAAAUUAAUUUGAGGGUAAUAAUCAGACUUACUGUAAUUGUACUGUUGUACAUUGAGACCUUGACAGAUUAAUGAAUAUGUGAUUUUUUUAACACUUUGAAAUUAUUCUCAGUAGAUUUUUGACAUAAUUGAGAUUACCGUACUUAUAUACUGUCGCCACUUUUUAAUUUUGUUUAUUAUAACGUACAGUGUUCUCCUUUUUUUUUGCAUCACCAGUGGGUUUAUAACAUCCUGGAGAAGAAAACAGAGUCUGAUCGCAUUUUAGUGGAAGACCCAGACCCCGAUGUGGGAUUUGUUAUGGUGCCAGACAUGAAAUGGGACUGUAAGAAUAUAGAUGCCUUGUAUAUGGUUGCCAUUGUUCACAAGCAUGGUAUCAAAUCAUUACGUGACCUAAGGAAAGAGCAUUUGCCAUUGUUGGAAAAUAUCUUAUCAAAGGGCCAGGUGAGUCACAUGAGUAAAACUAAAAUUAUUUGGUAAAAGAUAAUGGUAGUUUUUAUAAAGUUACUCUUCAGACAGGUGCUUAAAUCUUCAAUGUUUAUAAAAGACAUAUAAUUUGUAAGUAAUAUAACAUUGAAUAUAUGUAUAUUACUUUAUAUGUGUGUUUGUGUGUGUGUGUGUGUGCGUGCAUGCAUAGAUAAAAUGUAUUAUUUAUUUUAUUCCUGUCAUUGAUACAGUAGCAGCUCCUAAAAAAGUUAACUAUUAAUUAAUGAUACCUGAUAUAGAUGUUUAUUUUAUGAUUUAUUCAAUAUUUUUUUGUCAGUGCAUCUUGUUUUCUUACAUCAAUUCAAUAGUCUGCAAUUAAAGAGAAUUUUGCUGUGACGAGAGACAAGUUGCGUGUGUACUUCCACUACCAGCCGUCCUAUUACCACCUUCAUGUACACUUCACACAUGUCAAAUUUGAUGCACCUGGCUCAGAUGUACUUAGGGCUCAUCUGAUUGAAGAUGUCAUGGAAAAUCUCAGUAUGGACUCUGACUUCUACAGCAAGAAAACACUGUCUUAUGUUGUCAGAGAAAAUGAUUUAUUGUAUAGAAUGUUCAAAGAGAAAGGGUAUUUCAGCUGAUAAUGCCACACUAGUCUAUUGUUAUAUUCCUUUUACAAUUUCACUUACUUUGUAAAGGGGAGACGCUUUAUGUACCAGGUACACAAAAUUAAAUGAUAUGUAAAGAAAUGUCUGUAUUUUUUAUAAUGUAUUUUUAAUGGCAAAUGAUACAGAAAAUUUAAAAUGUAAUUAAAAGAACACAGAUGCAUUUUUUUCUGUAAAGGUAUUCUAGAUUUAUUAGCUAUGCAUUUUUCAAGCACUUCCUUUCUUUUUCCACUAUACAUCUAUUCUGAUGAUAAUUUAUGGAAUCUUCCACUGGGCAUUGUAAAAUAUUGACAAUUAAAAUUGAUUUUUUUCGGAGUACCGUAAUUUAAGUUCAAUCUCUUUUUUGUGUUCUGCCUUUUUUGAGUAAAAA